AUGAGCACGAUCUCACAAGAUCAUGCCAAGUUGGACUCAGACACAAUUGCUGAUGCCAUUAGGUUGUUGGUCGAAGUAGACCCAUCGAUAAAGGUGAAGUCUAUUAUUGCAGAAGUUCAAUCCAGGUUCAUCUAUACUGUUAGUUAUCGCAAGGCUUGGUUGGCAAAGCAGAAAUCUAUCGCAAAAAUUUUCGGUAAUUGGGAAGUUUCUUACCAGACUCUGCCGGUAUGGUUGAAAGCAAUGACAGCGAAGAUGCCGAGGUCUUGUGUCCAAAUAAAGACGCUCCUCGUUUACCGUGAGAGUGAGGAGGUUCAAGGUGUAACAGUUUUGCAUCGCACUUUUUGGAGUUUCUAUCCAUGUAUAGUAGCCUUCCGAAACUGCAAGCCACUGGUGCAGGUUGAUGGCACACACUUGUACGGAAAAUAUAAAGGUGCACUUCUAGUUGCCGUUGCACAAGAUGGGAACCAAAACAUUGUACCUAUUGCAUUUGGAAUAGUCGAGGGUGAGACGGUAGACAUGUUGGAGUUUUUCCUAACCAACUUGCGGAGAUAUGUUGUUACCAAUGAUGGCGUUGACAUUAUUUCUGACCACCAUAACUCCAUCGACGUAGCAAUAGCUCGCAGUAACGGUGCAUGGUCACCACCAAGAGCGUGGCACAUGUUCUGUAUCAGGCACAUCGGGUCCAACUUCUUAAGGAGAUUUAAGGCUCCGUAUUUGCAUAAACUUUUGGUUAACACAAGAUAUUCAAGGACGGAACAGGAGUACAACAAAAACUACCAAAGGCUUCAAGAGCGGGGUGAGGUGUCCACGCAAUGGUGUGAUGAGAUCGGUGUUGAGAGAUGGGUGUUGGCAUUCGACAGGGGUCAUUGUUGGGGACAUAUGACGGCAAACUUGGUAGAGUGCAUAAAUUUUGUCCUGAAGGGUGCAUGCCACCUUCCUGUGACUGCCAUUGUUAGGUCUACUUUCUAUCGGCUAAACGAAUUAUUCACUCGGAAGAGCGUCGAGGCUCAUGAGAGUGUCCGCAAUGGAUUCACGUAUUCAGAAUUUGCCACCAAAAAAGUCGAGCGACUUCCAUGUUACCACGUCCUUGCAUGUUGCACUAACCAGCAUCUUGAUUGGCAAGUACAUGUGCACGAUAUGUACAAGAUGUCCGAAAUUUGCAAGGUCUAUAGAGGCGAGUUUGUCCCGAUGGGUGACCCAUCUACAUGGGCUCUGUAUGAAGGAGCGAAGGUGAUUGCAAACUGGACAUUGAGGUGCGCGACCAAAGGAAGACCCAAAUCAACCCGCUACUUGAAUGAGAUGGAUUCACGGGACAUGCGUGGUCCUCGUCGGUGUACUACAUGUGGACGGGAGGGACAUAGCCGUAGCCGAUAUCCACAGCACGCAGGUCCAAGCUCUACCGGGGGUCAAUUGUGA